UAUAUAUGUAAAUAUAUGUGUGUGUGUGUGUGUAUGUAUUUGUAUAUACAUAUACAUAUGAAUAAAAUAAACAAAAUAAUAUACACCGACAUUUACACAAGGAAAAAUACACGAACACGCGAAUGUACAUACCUAACAUUGCACUAAUUUAGUAUUGCCGCUGAGUAUUACAACUAGUCACAUAAGCCAAAAGUUUGUUACUCUCAUAAAAGUUUUCUUUUUUUCCAGUUUUAUAAAUAAAGAAGGUUUAAAAGCCCAUACAAAUGAUGUAUAUCGCACGAUUUCAUAUUUUCGUGAUUGCUAUCAAUCUUAUCCCUUGUUAAACGUUUGAAUCGAAUGCAUCGUCGAUCUUUCAAAGAGAUUCAAUGCAUGAAAAAGAAAAAAGAAAAAAAGGAAAGAAUGAAUUCUGACUUUUCAUUUAUAUACGUAAAGUUCGAAGUCGAAGUAAUCGCACAAUCAUCGUACGUUUAGUGUUGCAUGCAACUGCCAUAAGUCUUGCGAUAAGCGAACGAGAGUCGUGCGCGUUGUGCUGUUGUGCGUUUAGAAAGUUGCUCCAAAGUUAUUUCUUUUUAUCGUUAAGGAAAUCUAUUUUAUUUCGAUACUCUUUCCGAUCGACGUAAAAAAAAGAAAAAAAAAGAAAAAAAAGAAAAAAAAGAAGAGCAAAAAAUAGGGUUUAACAUUAUUUUCUUUUGUGACUUCGUUAACGAAACGUUCAAAAUGUCGAUCUUCAUCUCCUUUUUUCCUUUCUCUUUCGACACGAUCGCUUAAUGACGUCAGUUUAUAUACCACAUUGACUACAAAAGAGGAUCGUGCUAAGAAUUCUAUAAAGAUUUCAUUGAUAUUGAAUUGAUACGCAAGAAGACAUCGAGAACGAUCGUAUAGAACAAGUUUAGAUCGAUGGAAGAGGAUCGAGGAAUAAUGUGUACAAAAGUGAUCGUCUUAAUUCUCAUAUCCCUUUUAAUGAUUUUCGAAGUAAGGACGAAGGAGACGUGUAGCUUGGACAACGAAGAUGAUUUCCAACGGUCUCACGUGGGGUUGAUCAUCUCACCAAUGAUGUCGGAAUCAAUGAUUCGUGAACUCGAAAUUUAUUGGAAUCAUCCAAAGUAUCGAUCGGAUAGCGACAGGAUUGCACUUUACACGGGUGAUCCAGCGAAUGGAUCCGAACCGAUUCUCAUUUUGGAACCAAAAUCUUCGAGUGGUAUAAAGAGUACAGGAAUUCAGGCCGAAUAUCUGCCUACUACGAAUUUGACCUAUCACAGGGAGUGUCUCAAGUAUCACGUUGCUUGGCUGAGGAAUGGUGACCUGAGAAAAGUGAAUUGUCUCGAAACGCGUCCCAAUUGGAUGGCCGAGAGAAAAGAAAUUCUAGGUCCUCUUAAGAUGAAUAAAAUAUUUUUACCAGGCACACACGAUUCAGCGUCCUAUGCGAUCCACGAACGGGCUGAUCGAGAGAAGAUUAUUGAGAAAUACGUUAUAACGCAGGACAUAGACGUACUCGCGCAAUUGAUAUACGGAGUACGAUAUUUGGACAUUCGAGUUGGACAUUAUCCUCUCACGAAUGAAAUCUGGUGGGCUAAUCAUGGAAUCGUACAGUUGAUACCAUUACGAGUCAUCAUCGAGCAAGUGAAAGAAUUUCUCGAUAAUACCGAGGAGAUCGUGAUCUUUGACGUUCAAGAAUUUCCAGUUGGAUUUCAUAAAAACUUGUCCAUACAUCAGCAGUUCGUUAAAUAUUUGGAGAAACAAUUUGUGGAUUACUAUUUACCUUACAAAACCGGUUGGUUCACAACAUUGAAUACGAUUUGGUCCUCGGAAAGAAGACUGAUUAUCGGUUACGAUGAGAAACAAAUUCUCAGCUUUUCCGAAAGCCUUUGGCCUUGCGUUACCCAUCAAUGGGGUAACGUUCAAACUAUCGAUGAUCUAUAUAGAUAUCUUAAUCGUAUCGAAACGUCGAGUCUCUGGGAUUACAAAACAACGCCAAGAUCAGCGAUGGCGGAAUUGACGCCUAAUAUGUGGUACGUGAUUUCAAACAGAUUUCAAACAAGUCUUCGUCAAAUGGCCGAUAAAGUUAAUGCCAAUGUCACGAAUUGGUAUGCAACAAAAUGGCAAUAUACAGCCAACAUCGUCGCGGUUGACUUUGUAAGAGGUUCUGGCAUCGUUGAGACUUCCAUCGAGUGGAAUGAUCGACGAAACUCAAACUGUUAAAAACAGUAUAAAAAUAUAUUUCAGCUUGAAUCCAUUA